AUGCUCCGUUUGACUUCUUUGGUGGGUAUUUUUUCCUUUUUUGAUAGUUUUCGUGAUUUUUUCUUAAUUUUUUGUGUUUCAGGCUCUUCUCACGAUGCUCGGGAUCGUUUCUUCGCAGGGUCAGUAAACUAAAAACUUGAACUUUAGGGAUUUUUUUAGGUGAACAUUAGAGCAAAAAUUGUGUAUUUAUAAGACUUUAGCGGCUCAAUAAUUAACUUCAGAAAAUUGAAAGAAUCCGUAGUUUUUUUCUGUAAAUAAUUAGUAAAGACAAGGCCCCUUGAAAUAUGAUUGAAAAAAAGGAUAGGUAAUGUAAGGUUUCAAAGUAAAAUACGAAUUUUUCAAAAGGUAGAAAAAAAUUAGUUCAUUUUUUUUUUUUUUAAAGUUGUAUUUAUGAAAAGUAUAUCUUAUACCAUAAUAAAAAAAAACAUAUGAAAUCUGGUUUUUUCAGGAAAUCAAUAGUAGUUUUUGGCCAUUUUUUGAGGUUUUGUUUUCAUGAAGAAAGUUCAGAUUCGUGGAAUCCGUGGUGGUUCCAACUUCGUACUACUGAUCUGUACAGGGAAAGAACUACACCUUCGUAUAAUUACGACUCUUCCUCACCAUCCUACGAAUCCUCACCAUCCUACGAUUCAUCCUCAUCCUCCUAUGAGUCAUCCUCGUCAUCAUACAAUUUCGAAACCUCCUCCUCCCCAUCAUUCAACGAUCCUUCCUCGUCUCCGUCCUACAACCCCGGCUCAUCCUCGUCCCCACCUCCCUGCACUCCCGACUUUUCCACGACUUCCGGCUCCAAUCCGACUUCAAACUCCGACUCGACCUGCUCGGCCGCCACCUUGACUAAAGUCGCUGAUCCGAGUAUUUUCGAACAGGCUGCCAAUAUCACGUGGGUUUUUGAAGUUUCCAGAGUGUAAAAAAAUUUAGUCAGGUUAAGUAUUUAUGGAGUAGACGUUCAUGAGGAAAAUACCCCUUUUUUGAAUAUUUAGGAAGUCUUUUUAAUAGAAAAAAACCAGGAAAAUUCAAAUUAUGCAUCUGGGCCCUUUUUUCUAUUCUUUCUUUUUUUAAUCAUUUUUAUCACCUGAAAGGUGAAACUUCAGGUUUGGCCCAACGGUGGUUCUCGCCCAAUGCUACUUGCCCUUCGAAGAUUGCAAUAAGGUUAUAACGGUCAGUUUUCCUAACUUGGAAGAUCAGGGUCAGAAGGAAAAAGCUCGGUGCAGCUGACCCAAAACGACUUGCGCGUCGAGACAUCGGAAAAUGAAGGAGAAAGCAGCUGAAUUUCAAAAAAAUUUCCAACCGCAACGCAACCGCCUCGCGUUGAGUCAUAAAAAAAACAAGAUCGCAGCGUUUUAUACGAAUUCAGUAACGCUUUUUUUUACCACGACUCGUAGCAGUCUAAUCUGUCUGCGCCCUCUUUUCCCUCACCCGAGAGAUUCUAGAUAAGGGAUAAUAGCAAGUAAACACUAGAGAGAACAGAACGCAGAUAGGGACUACAGAGUGGUCCCUAUAGGGGCAACCUUAGGUGUCCUUGAAAGUUUCUCUCUUUCCUUCUUUCCUUCACUUUCCUGGCCGGCACAACAGUCACUCCUCUACAACCUUCAGCAUGUCUAGGAACCAAUUGGCCUUAUCCUAUAGGGGCCGCUAAAACUCACAAAGCGGAACCCUAGAGAGGCAUGCUAUUCAAUUAUUUUUAUAAUAUAGACGUACAGUUUGAAGAUUCGCUUUAGGGGUCCGACUUCUCAAGAAAUUUCCAAAUUAUAGCCCUUUAGGGAGCACUUUGUUGCCCGUUCCAGGGGCUUCUUUCCUCUGACCCCUUUAGAGACCACUCUAAAGUUGCUAAAUAAAUCGGGUUUUUCCAAUUUUUCUAGCUCUACAAAUGAAGCUUUUUUCAGUUCUACCCGGACAACAGCACUCUUUCGUUUGCGCUCGGAUCCUACCCGGUUUAUUUCGAUUGCAACAACGGCAAUAUUACCUACCAGGGAGUGUGAGUUUCUACUUUCUUUCGGUCCAAUCAUGAGAGUACCUUUUUCAGCCCAGUUGUUGGAAUAUUCUGCUCGGUCGCCUGUUGA